CUGGGUUUGCGUAUCGGCAGCAUUGUUUGGGACAUCGGAGCCGGAACCGGAUCGGUAGCCAUCGAGGCUGCCCGCAUCGCCUCCCAAGGGCGCGUUUACGCUGUGGAUCGUGACGACGCCAAUUCGCACCUGUUGGAGCAAAACGUAAAAAAGUACGGGGACGGGCGAGUCUCCGUGAUUAUUGGAGAAGCACCCGGCGUUUUGGCAAACCUUCCCGAUCCAGACGCGGCAUUCAUCGGCGGCGGCGGCAGAGCCCUCCCGGAGAUUCUGGUCGCCGUUGUCCCACGGUUGCGGCCUGCCGGGCGCGUGGUCGCGAAUUUCGCGGCAAUCGAAAGGGCUAACUUUGCCUACAAAAGCCUGCGCGAUGCCGGUAUGUCACCCGAGUUGACAAUGGUAACCGCCGCACGGGGACGCGAACUACCCGACGGGGCGCUGCGAUUGGAAUCCAUGAAUCCUGUCUUUGUGGUCUGGGGACAGCGAUGA